AACACACACUCACACUAACUUAGGAAAGAGAAAGUCUUGAGCUCAAGAGGGAAGUUCAUUUCUUUGUUUAAUUUAAUUAAAAAUUUUUGUUUUGUUUUUUUUUUUUUUUUUUUUUUACAGUUGCCCAAAAGCUAAAAAAAUUUCCCAAAAGAAAUUUGAGUUUUUUGAUUGAUUUUGUUCUUGGGUUUUUUAGUUUUUAGGUGUUGGCUUUUUUGGGCAUGCUUUUUGGUUUUCUGCACGUUAAUGAGAUGAGAUCAAAGGGUUUUGAUUUGAGGAGCUCUCUGGGUGGUAAUGGUGGGAUUUGGGAGCUAGGGUUUUAAAGCGUGUGGUGAUGGUGGGUUGGAGUCUGCUGUAUUGCUUGGAUCUGAGGGUGUUUAGAUUGAGAUUGAGAUUGAGAUUGAGAUUGAGAAGCUUGGCAGUGUGAAAUUUCAGGGUGAGUGUCAGAAUGGGGAGGGAGAGCAUGGGUGGAGCUUUGUUUUUCAUGGGCUUGAUCUUGCUGGUGCAUCCAUUAUGGCUUGUCUCUGCUAACGUGGAAGGUGACGCAUUGCAUAGCCUGAGGACCAACUUAAAUGAUCCUAACAAUGUCCUGCAGAGCUGGGAUCCUACCCUUGUCAACCCAUGCACAUGGUUUCAUGUUACAUGUAACAAUGAUAAUAGUGUAAUUCGAGUGUAGGUUUUCUUUCCCUUAAUUGUCUUCAGAGUGUCUGGUUACAACUCAACAUUUUAAGCUUGUUUCUUUACUGAAUUUGCAUUAUAUUUCCUGUGUGAUGGCUAUUUUUGUGUUAUUUUUCAGUGAUCUUGGAAAUGCAGCUUUAUCUGGGCAACUAGUUCCACAGCUGGGACUCCUUAAGAAUUUGCAGUACUUGUGAGUCCAGCCUUGCCGUGAAAUAUUAGCAUUUUCAUUUCUUUGUUCCUGCAGUUUAUAACAUUCCAAAUGUAGAAAGGUAGUCAGUGGUUUGGAAGGAAUGUUGUCUUCUUCUUCUUCUUCUUCUUCUUCUUCUUUCCUUUUCUUUUCUUUUCUUUUUUCUUGCCAAAGGUGAACAUAAAGGAGCUAGAGGGUUGUCAAAUUCUGUUCGCUAAAAUGUGAUUGUGUAGUUGUCAAAACAAGAAAGUGAGCCAAACUACAGGACUCAUUUGGUUGAUAUAGAGGAUCAUGCUCAUAUGUUCCAUGGAGCAAGGUCACAUAUAGGUUGUC